GUCCAGGUUUAGACUUUGUUUAACCCUAGUGGUUUGCAUCUCUAUGUCAAAAUAUAGAUCUAAUUUACUCCUAACUGGAAUUUAAGGUGCUAUUUGUGUAAAACAUUUAAAACUAACUGAAAUUAUUAAGUUAAAUCUCCAAAAAUAUACUAGUACCAUUGUGGCAUGGACCCCGACGUCUCCAUAUCUUGCACCAUGGACCAAACCCCAGACCAGGACCCUCCAAAUGACCAGCAGAUCUCGGAGUGGAUGCCCAGCGGACAUGGUCUGGUGUCCAGUCUGUUCGGGUUGAAUGUGGUGCUGCUCGGGGGCGCUCUUUUGGCCGGGCGAGCGUUGACCGAUCGGGACGUUUUGUACUGGGAGCCGCAGCUGCUGUUGUUGUUCCUGAUGGCGCUCAGUGUGGCCUGGAUCCUCUGGUUUAUUUUGUGGGACUCCAGAAGACCAGGGUCCAGGCCUCACCAGGACCACCACGCCGGGGGAAUCCCUGUUAUGUUGGUACUGUUGCUGUUCGCGGCCCUCAGCGUGCUCCUGUGCAUACACAGACUCGGCUACAUCAUCACCAUGAGACGCUGUAAAGCUCUGGACCAGCUCACUAUGCCCAUGCUGGAGAUCGUGUUCCUCUGUCUGCAGUCAUAUUUACUAUGGGCCCAUUCCAAGGACUGCAUCCACAUCCACAAAACCGUCACAAGAGCCGGCCUCAUGGUGAUCCUGUGUGCUGACCUGUUACUGUGGCUCAAUGCUGUGACCGACGACACCAUUCACCAGGAGAUGGAGUUGGAUAAAGAGGACGGAAUAACUCCAGACAACUUUACUCGCAGUUUAGACAUUUUUGCGCUGGAUUCAUCAAACACCUCCUCUUGUCGCUGCAGCUCCGACCCCGCCUGUCUCGUUUUCCAAAAGGGCUUUGAGGUCUUGUUCCCCUUUUCCAUGGAAUACUACCUCAUGUCCGGAUGCAUGAUUUACGUUAUGUGGAAAAACGUAGGGCGUCAGACCUCUACCCAUCACCACAGCAACCACAAACUCACCUUUAAAAUCGUAUACCACGGAGGGUUCAUUUACGGACUCAUAUUUGGAGGUUUUGUGCUAAUCGCUGGGGUAGCAGUUUUCAUUUUGUAUCAGGUUUGGGUGGGACAGUUGCAUCACAGGCUUACGGCAUUUCUGUUAUUCUAUGGUUUUCAUUUAGCGGUGAUGCCAAUAAUGUCUUUUUCUUCACUGGUGGGUUUGUUGGUCCAUCGUCUUGAGAGAAGGGUUCAUGAAGGAGGACAUAACCCCACCCGGAGUUUGGAUGUCUUGCUACUCACUGUCACUGCUUUGGGACAGCUCGGUCUAUCCUAUUUUUCUAUGGUGGCUGCGUUUGCGAUCGGGACACAGGGAAUUCUGGGAGAUCUGGACUUGUCUUAUUCGGUGCUGAGUCUGCUGGAGUUGGUGCUGCAAAAUAUCUUCAUUAUUGAGGGGCUGCACAGACAUCCGAGUCUCAAGGCCAAGAAGAAGCCAAAGAGUACCAUGUUUAAGCUAAAGAAAAAAUCAGCUGAAUCAGAGGAGAGAAAGACGGGCAUCAUACUGUUGGAUGAAAAUACAACAGCGCCACCUGCUGCCCCGAAUCAAGAACGCAAAAACACUUGGAGUAAAGUAAUAAUACAAGAAGUCUGUGCAUUCCUCGUUCUCUCCAACAUCAUGCUGUGGAUCAUCCCUGCGUUUGGAGUGCACCCACAGUUUGAGAACGGUUUGGGGAAGCAGUUUUUCGGGUUCAGUUGUUGGUUUGUUUUGGUGAAUGUGGGUCAGCCCCUCACUGUCUUCUACAGGAUGCACUCGGUGGCUGCACUGAUGGAGCUGCUCCUCAACGCAACAUAAACAAAACAAAUGGAUUCCCCAAAUAUUUACAAUAUAUAAUAGUGCUGAAGUCCUUUAGGUAAAAUAGUUUGAAUAAAGAACACUUAAUCUUGAUUUGAUUUGAAUUUGUAAAUUUCACUUAAAAAUUAUCUAUCAAUGGAAUGGAAGUUUUCUGUACUUAAAAGAAAAUACAUCUUAUUAUAUAAAAAGGGGGGGUAUUAGGCAAAAUAAUUUUUUUUGAGUGUUUCUAUGUUUCUCCCAUGUUCCCUCAUCAAAAAACAUGCCUGAAGAGAACUGAGAUGUCAUUCAUGCAUGUUUGAGUAAUUUAGCGCUCUCUCCUGGACCCUUAGAUGUAAGAUUUGUCCAAGGCUCCGCCCACAAGCCUACGUCACCCAUGCUCCCACGUGACAAUGCUUCAUAAAUAUAUGAAAACAGGAUGAAAAACUGUACACCACACCUGAUGUACGCACGCUGAUUGUGUUGUGAUAGCAUUCUGAAGGGGGGUGACUUAGUGUGGAGAGCAAAAAGAGGCCAAGCCCUGGAUGUAUUUUCAAAAAAAUACAAGGUAACACUAAAUAUGGUAUGUGUUAUGCAGUUAAUAUCCCAUAGAAGUAAAACACAGCCUUUUUAAAAUGAGAAAAACAACAACCUCAGUAAACAGAAUCUUAAGUUGCUUGAAAAAAAUUAUAUUCCAUUCGUAGAUAAAUUUAACCAUCAAGUCAAAUCUAAUUUUAACUUAUAAAGAGAUUACUUUUUUGCUGUGCAAUGUUGUAGUCAAUCCUUUAUCUUAGUUAGGUUUCUGAGAUUUUUUUUGGGGACAACAGCAACGACAUCGAGGUGUGUAGUGACUUAUAGAUUUGAAAGUGAAUCAUGAGUUUAAUCUGCAUUUUUUUCAUAUAAAUACAGUUUCCUAGUACUUUUUUUCUGUAUAAAUAGUUGUUUUUGCAUGACCUCUCCCUGCAGGUGUAAUCUUGUGAGUGCAGAUUAGGUCAGACACAUAUUUUAUAGUUUGAAGAGUUUUGCCACGCCCCCUUUUUCGUCAACAACUGUUCUAAAUGGCAUGUCAUUAAAAACCAAAACAUGAUCCAAUGUUUAGUCAACCCAUAGCACAUUUUAACAUCCAUUUUAACUUGAUAUGUUACCAAUAGUUUAAUUUCAACAAAGAUUUUU